AUGGCAAAGCUCAUCCUCAUCAUCGCCUUCCAAAUCCUCCUUCUCGCAGCCGUUGUCUCCGCCGGAAAUAGCGAAGACUUUGCGAGAACCAUUGACCGUAAACGUCUCGGCCUCCGCAAGGAAAAACUAACUUAUUUCCGUGUCUACUGGCAUGACAUCCUAAGCGGCUCAGACCCUAGCGCAGUCAUGCUGCUACCUCCUCCAUCCAACUCUUCCUUCUUUGGAGCGGUCACUAUGAUGGAUAACCGAUUAACUACGGAGGUGUCGGUAAACUCGACUUUGGUAGGCCAGGCACAAGGGAUGUACGCCGGUACGGGCCAACACGAGGCGUCUGCGCUCAUGGUGAUGAUCUUUGCGUUCAAGACAGGGAGAUAUAACGGAAGUACGAUCUCGAUUCUUGGUCGGAACGCGGUGUUGACCAAGGUAAGGGAGAUGCCGGUGAUUGGAGGAAGUGGACUCUUCCGAUUCGCUAGAGGUUAUGUCGAGGCUCGGACCAUGUGGUUCGACCGCAAGUCAGGAGAUGCUACUGUUGAGUACAGCUGCUACGUCUUGCAUUAUUGA